AUUCAUUUAUUCAUAUCCAAAAAAAGAUAUGCAAUUAUCCAUACAUCGAGAUAAGUGACAGGUCCACUAAAAAUUUCCAUUUCCAAUUCCUUGUAAAUAAUCUCUACCAAGUCAACCAUAUUCUUACAAAGCCAUGUGCCUUUCAAAGUCAUAAACUUCCAAUCUCCCCCCCCCCCCCCCACGUCAAGGGCAUAUAUACGCGACAACCGAACCUGUCUUACAAUGAAUGCGCACGCCCUCCUGACCGCCCAAGGGUGGCGGGGCACCGGGCACACUCUCCACCCAACCAGCGACAGCACGGGACUCGCCCACCACAUCCUGAUGAAACGCAAUAGCGAUGGUAGCGGCCUUGGUAGUAAAAAGGCCGAACACAAAGUUGAAGCGUGGUGGCUCAACGCUUUUGAUCAAGCGCUCAAGGGAAUCGAUACCAAGACCGGAACCAUGAAACAAACCCUGAAAGGCGGCGCCCUGGAAAAGAUCACUGCGAAGAACGCCCUGAGCAAGUACACAGGCAAUCGAGGUCUGUACUCGUCCUUUGUGAAGGGCGGCUUUAUAGAGGGGACCGUGGGAAUGAAUGUGACAACGGGCUUACCGACACCGCCCGAUAGCGGCACGGGAACACCUGUCGCGACUGUUAGUACGGAUGGGGAGGAGACCAAAGAGGAGAGAAAGGAAAGGAGGGAAGCGAGAAGAGAAGCCAAGAGUAUAAGAAGGUUAGAGAAGGCGGCGAAAAAGACGGCGAAGAAAAAGGCAGAAGAGCGCGUCGUGAAGAAGGUCAAGGCUGAGGGCAAGAAAACUAGAAAGGCAGAGAAGGAGCAAAUGAAGGCCGGAGAGACUAAGGAGGAACGCCGCGCCAGAAGAGACGCGAGACGCAAGCGAAAAGAAGACAAGAGACAACACAAGACAGCAUCUGGUGGAUGAGCGAACAAUGUAGUGCUAUGGAUUCUCCAAGAUACAUUCACCGAUAGACUCAAGUCUUCGCCCUGCCUAAGUCCUCGCUCCCCUAAUCCAUCGGAAAGAAG